AACAGGUUAUAAACGUGUUUUGCAUGCUUUGUGAAGUAAUAUAAAUAAUUUAUAAUUCUAAAGUAAUAGGGUGAAAUAAAUAUAAAAUAAUCAAGAAGUUGUGUGUACGGACGUAAACGUGCAAUUAUUUGUAUUUAGAAACUUGCGUCUAUAAUGAAUCUUUACACUACUUUUCAAUACAUAUAGGUUAAAGAAAGCAACUAUAUCAAUACACAAAUUUUUAAUAUGAAAUACUGUUUAGAAACAGUACACAAGUAUGUACAUGAUGCAAGAUCACUGUUCAAAGCACUGGACGGUGUAUUUAAUGUCUAUAAACCCCCAGAUAUGUACUACAAUCAAAUGAGAGAAACAAUCAUUUCAAACUUAUGCAGAGAUCUUAAUAAUAUACCUGGACGACCAAUAAUGAAACAUGUAGCAAUAGAAGGUGAAACAAAUAAGGAAAUGAAAGUUGUUGUUCGAGAUAGUUAUGCAGACCAUCCACUAGUAGUGGGGCCUCGUUAUCAAGUAAAUGAUUUUAGACUAGCAGCUAUGAAAAUCAUGAAUCCAGACGUAUCCGGCGUUGUAGUUUGUGGAAUUAAUAGAGGUAACAGAGUGAUACACGAAUUAAAACAAAUCAAGUGUACAAGAUUUUAUAGAGUAAAAGGACUACUUGGACAAGCAACAGAUACUUAUUUUCAUACUGGGAAGAUAGUGGAAAAAACUACAUACAAACACGUAAGACGAGGUCAUAUUGACAGAAUAUGUAGUUCAAUGCAAUCUUCUCAUCAAAGAAAAAUGUUUGAAUUAUGUGGAGUAGAUAUGCAAAGUCAAGCUGCAUAUGAUUUAGCGGUAAAAGGUCCGCUUCGACCUGCAGAUCCUAAUGUUCCUAUGAUAUACACAAUUAAAUGUGUAGAAUUUUCACCUCCACAUUUUGCAUUAGAAAUUGUUUGUGUAAAUGAAGAUGAUAUGUAUUUAAAGACCAUAAUACAUGAGCUGGGUAUGCAACUUCAUAGUACUGCUACUUGUACCCAAGUACUCUGCAUUCAAGAUGGCUUAUUUACUAUAAACAACGCAUUACUUCCGAAACAUUGGUCUUUAAAAAAUAUUAUAGAAAAUAUGUAUUUAUGUCAAAAACUUAUUAGAGAAAAUGAAGAGGUGUUGAGCCAAGAUAGUCCUGCACUACUAGACCCCACUACUGAUACACAGAAAAUACCUACUGAAGAACGAUUGUAGCAUAAUAAAUAUAUUUAUUGUUCUUUUCAUUAUUAUGCCAUCUGUUGUAACAAUUACUAAUUUGAUGUAUUAUAUCCGUCAUUGUAAUAAUUAUACAUACAUUUAUAUCAAA